ACAAGCAGAGAGACGCGAGACUCGAGCGGCUUGGGCCGAAGAUCCCCAGCACCCAGUAAGAUGGGCAAGAAAGUGAAAAAGGAAUUGGAGAGCCCCCCAAAGGACGUGUUUGAUCCUCUGUCCGUCGAAACUAAAAAUGCUGCCACAGCUGUCCUCAUGCUCAAGUCUCCAGAACACGACAUUCUGGCCAAAGCGUGUGAAGCUAUCCACAGAUUUGCAGACAAAGGAGAUGAAAACAAGGUGGCCCUCACCGAGCUCGGAGCCUUAGAUUCGCUGACCAAGCUGAUAAGUCACGAGGACAAGGUGGUGCGCAGGAAUGCCAUCAUGGCGCUGGCUGUGAUGUCUGCUCACGGUGAGGUCAAGCGGCUCUUGAAGAAGAUGGACAUCAUAGCGUCGAUGAUUGACCGACUGGCCCCUGAAGAAGAGGUGGUGAUUCAUGAGUUUGCAAGUCUCUGCCUGUCCUUCCUGUCCAGCGAGCCAACGGUCAAAGUGCAGAUAUUUAACGACGAUGGCCUCGAACCUCUGAUCGCCCUCCUGUCCAGUCCUGACCCCGACGUCAAGAAGAACAGCCUGGAGACCAUCUACAACCUCGUGCAGGAUUUUUACACCCGGGCCGUCAUCUCCGAGCUCAAGGGGGUUCCUCCUCUGCUGGAGCUGCUCAAGUCCGAGUUUCCGGCUAUCCAACAGCUGGCGCUCAAGACCCUGGCGACGAUCACCAGUGACGUGGAGAACCGGGUGGCUCUGCGAGAGUGCCAGGGGCUUGACCGUCUCAUCGAGAUCCUCGGCAGCCAUGAGCUGAGUGACCUACACGUGGAUACGCUGCUCGUCGUGUCCAACUGCUUAGAGGAUGAAGAAGUCAUGGCGCUCAUUCAACAGACGGGGGCGCUCGACAAGCUGCUGCACUUCGCCAGGACCUCGAGCCAGAUGGAGAUUCAGAGGAACGCCGUCAGAGCCAUCCUGAGGGCCGCGCACAACAAUGAGAAUAAAAAAAUGCUGCAUGAGCACAACGUCGAGCAGGUCCUAGUCACCCUGCUGGGCGUGGAUCACAGCGAAGUGCGAGAGGUGACCUGCCUGGCGAUCACCGUCAUGUGUGACAAUGUGGCCAGCAAAGCUGCCUUUGGACAGUGCGAUGCCAUUCGGACCCUCGUGAAGCUGCUUCAGAGUGACAGCGGGGCGGUGAAGGAGGCAGCAGCGCUGGCCCUGUCCAGUCUCACUACCUCCAAGAGCAAUGCCAGUGCUGUCUUUGAAGAAGGGGCCGAUCCUCUCAUACGACUUUUGGCUGAUGACCGAGAUGCCGUCAUCGCUCAUUCUGCGGCUAUUCUCACCAACAUGUCCUCCCAGAAUGCACUGCGUGGGAGCAUACGGGCACAGGGGGUCAUGUCGGCCCUGGUGCAGCCGCUGCAGUCCCCCAACACUCUCGUGCAGAGUAAAGUCGCCCUGGCGGUGGCCGCCUUCGCCUGUGACUCAGAGGCCCGGUUGGAGUUUCGUGCAGCGGGAGGCAUGGAGCCCCUCGUGAAGCUCCUGUCCUCUAACCAUCACGAAGUGAGGCGCCAUGCCUGCUGGGCCGUCUUUGUGUGUGCCAGCAACCGGGAGUGCUCGGUGGACCUGUGCAGAUUAGGAGCCUUGGAAAUCCUGCAGGAAAUCAAUUUAUCGCCGUGCCGGAAAAGUCAGUUUAGCGAGUCUGCGCUGCAGAAGCUCUUCGAAGGGAAUCUGUCCAUUAAGUACAGCAUGAUGGGCAGCCUGGCACUCAACGACAUCAUCGUGGAUGGCUUUUACGACCCUGGCAAGGAAAAAUCAGGGAGCAGAGUGCCAUCACUGGAAGAGCUUUCCAAAAUGAAAGUGACCUCACAACAGACAGUCAUCGUGAUUAAUGGGAAGCUGCCAGAAGUGGAGCCUCCCGAGUCGGCACCAGCUGAGGAAAAGUUGACGGAUCCACGUGGACGCUCCCCGGCAAUUCCCAGUAGGAACAUGGCGGACAAAAACUUGAGCAAAAACAAAGGCAAAGGGAAAAAAGAAGACAAAGUCAAAGAGGAGGUGAAGAUCGUGGACGACAAUGGCGUCGAGACAAAGCCGUGGCUCCCACCCUCCGAUCCGGCCUUCUGCAGCCUCGUCAGCCAAGUCAUGGAGCUGAUGCUGCCCCUAAACAAAACGCGGGAGCGUGUGGCACUGUUGGCCAGGCUUGUUGCAGACACCAUGGGUGGUCCGGUGGAGAGGGAUGUGCUGCACGAAUUCUUCUGGGAGCUGCACCUCAGUGAGCUGAAAGCCGAGCUGCAGUCCAACGUCAUCCCCAUCGGCAGAAUCAAGAGAGGCGUCUUCUGCCACCGGGCGCUGCUUUUCAAGGCACUGGCUGACAGACUGGGCAUCAACUGCACCCUGAACAAAGGCGAGUUCAGCCGGGCCUGGAACGUGGUCAUGUUAAUCGAGGAGACCCCCAAGACGUCACUGGUGGCUUACAUUGUGGACCUGAUGCAUAGUCCUGGGCGCCUGAUGAAGGUUGGCAGUCCAGAAGCCAUCCGCUAUCAGACUCUGUGAUGGGCACCGUGGGGGUCUCCUUACAAUGUCAGGCGGGGUGGGGGUGAUGUGAGCUGGUGCAACAGCCAAAUAAAACAUCUCAGGUGGUCUUCUGAAGUCCAUACAAUACAGUUUAUUAUU